GGAAUUUCCAUUAUGCAAUAAUUAAUUUGAAAAGAGCGUAGUCGCGCAGUCAGCCAGUCAGAGCGUCAGCUGGCAAUCAAGGACCAGUUCUGAAUGGCAUCAGCAGCCCGGGGAUUGGUGCGAAGUGAGAUCGUAGGCAGUUGGAGAAACACAUUGUGUUGGCCGGUUGCUAUUGCCAAGGUGGAACAUCCAUGCGAGUUGGAUGCAACCGUCGAGAUGAGCUCCAUACUGCAUGAUCCCGAUGGAAUCGAUCUGCAGUGGGACAUACCCAGUGUGUGUGUGGUGUGUAACACGGUGGCCCUGGAUCGACAAGACUGCCGCCUGAAAAUAGACGUAUCAGCAUUGAUUGUCUUUACCAAAGAAAUACUAUUAGUGAAGGAGAACCGUAGGUGCUCCGACUGACUUCUAGAAGCCGAGGAAGACAAGUUCAAAUGCCAAG